AUGAGUGCUUUACAUCUCUCCCCAAAAACACCCAAGAGUUUUCCAAGUCGGCAGUGUUCUCUUACUAAAGAGCAUGAUGUCUUAAAGGAAAAUGGACUCUUUGAUAGUUUACCGGUAGGGAUGUUAGAUGCUUAUGUUUCUCUGUAAAAUUGUGAAUCAGCUUUCUUCUGUACUCAUUGUUGCUAAUUCAUUAUAAGAUAGAGAAGGCAUGUGUUGUAGUGCAUUGCUCAGCAAUGAUGGCAUUUUUCUUUUUUUGUCAAAUACAACUUAUCAGAAACAUCUGAAAAUAUUAGUACUUUCUAUAAUUGCCUUGUGUGUGGUUUAAGUGUGUCAGCAUAAACAUGAAUCUUAGACCAAUCAGAGCACAGGAAUAUUAUUAUACAGUCCCCAGUUGUUCAAACGUUGGAUAGCACUAUCCACCAGAUAAAUCUCUAUCCAAAGAGAUUUAUCUGGUGGAUAGCGCUAUCCAGCCUUUGAACAACUGAGGCCUGGUCAUUUAUAUAUUCUACUGUAUUAAUUGAUGCUUUUGAUCGUUAAUAGAGUGAGUUGAUACAGUACAUCUUCUCUUUUCUGGAGUUAAUAGACCUCAUUAGAGCUGCUGGCACCUGUAGGUAAGAAUGUUUUAUUACCUUGUCACCGUAGUGUAACAUACGAUGUAGUUUCAUUAAUUUUAGAGAAGCAAAGUUCUUUGGGGGUGAACAACACCACAAAGUUUUCACCUUUUGCAACUCAAUAGCAUCAAUUUUUAUAACAUGUCCUUGAUUUAGUUGAAACAAGUAUUUCAUGCAGGAAAUCCAGUAAAAUAUUGAAUUGUAAUAAUUGACAUUGGUGUUACAGUGGUUUUGCAUGAAAUUAUCCCAACUUAAGUCUUGUAUGUCCUGGGGUAUGGAGUGGUAACAUAGGUUUAGGGUUUAACCAAAUGACACCUGAAAUGGCAGCCUGAAACUACCCAUGAAAAAAAACAAUCCUUGUAUUUAUGACAUCAUCAGCUUUAAUUUUAAAGAUAAUUUCUUGCUUGUUCUUUGUUGCAAUGGUGACAGUUGGGAUGUUUCAUUGUUUUAUUUGUAACUUGUUUAUGUGGUUUAAUACUACAGGUUGUUUUUUCAACAUUGCUAUGACCAAGUAUGGUACAAGGAACUGGAUUUGAAGCCUUAUUGGAGCCUGGUAUGUACAUGUUUUUCUCCAAGUUUUAAUGUGGCCAAAUAUCAUUUAGGAAAAGUUAAACUCGAGUGAGUUGGCCAGCGUUCAUCUCCCACUCCAGUACGUGACCUAUGGGGUGGUCCUCAGGGAAUUGCAGGGCUCCUUGUGUGCUCUUUUGCUAGUGUUGCGUUGCAUUGUAGCUUUGCUUGCUGAUUGUUGCACAUCAAUUUUUGCCUUCUUAUGAAUCAUUGCCGAUUCUUGCUCCCUCUCUUCCCUCCCAGCUUGGUGCUUUCAUUAGUAUUUUCUCAGGUAAGUAUUCUCUUAAGUAAGUACCUCCACUAAAUUUCAUUCAGUUUAACGGUGCUGGUUAGUGGCUGCUCUUGGGGUGGUUCCUGCUUCCAGGGUUGCUAUGGAUACCUCCUCUCUGCUUAUUGCAUUUGGCCCCCCACUAACCUUUAAGGCACCUGGUCCCAAGCUCAUCAUUAGCAAUAAGUUUAAUUGAAAGAUACAGGAGACUGAUGUCAGUGAUUUAUGUGCAAAUAAUGCAGGAGCUGGCUACUCUAUAAAUAUAAAUACUUAUACCGAACAAGAAUUAUCGACAUUCAGUAUAAUGUAACUUUGAGCUCAUUCUAAAUCUAGCAAGACAUAGUGUGUUUAUCUGCUGGUAAAUCACAAACUAGAAUUCUUCAACCCUUUUAGUAUUUAUUCUGUGUCCUCUGCAUUCAACUUUUGACUUUUGUAAAAAUAACAGCAAAUGUUUUAUCAGUAGUGCGACUAAUAGUUUUGUAGGUCUGCACUCAGUGACUGAAAUGUUGUGUUCUUUGUAUCAGAUAACAAGUGAAGUCCUUGAUUCUUUACACACUCGUUGUUCAUCAACAGAGAAGCUUGACUUGUCAUGGUCAGGUCCCUAUGAGGCCAUCAGUAGUGACUCAAUUAUCAGGUAAACUUUGCCAGGUCUUUUACUUCUCACAUAAUGAUGAGUUAGUUUGAUAACAACAACAAAUAUGAAAUUGCAACUUGGAUGAUGAGCAUUUUUGAAGAGUUAAGUGAAAUUUAUUUAGACUAUGCUGUGUCAUUUCCUCUACAAAUGGAAGGAUGAUUGUGUUUAGUGACACAAAGGAAAAAGUAGACUGACUGUGCUUGGGCGAGUCAAUGUGAUGCAACAUUUUAAUGCAGCAUUGAAAGACAAAAUAAUGGUCUCAGCAUAGCCUGUAAGCAAGCUAUCCAUUUGGGAAUUGCCAGAAGUGAAGUGUCACACACAAACUUCAAGGGUAGCGAGGUGCAAGGACAACCUCUUCAUGUGACCUGCAACUCUCUCCCUCAUGACUUCUCAGUAAUGAGUUUGCGUCAGCUUGGGCUCAUCCUCGCCCUCAAAUACUGAGACUCUUUGAGCCAGUUGUUUAGUCAGUAAAAGAUGCCCUGUUACGUAACAGGACCCUUGCUAAAAGGCCUAUCGGAAUACAAGAUUCAAAAGAAAAUAUCAUUUGAUCAUUUUAACAGAUUCCUACAGCACUGUGGAAGUAACCUUGUCUGUCUGAGACUGAGCUGUUGUCAAUACGUGGACAAUGAUGUGAUAAAACAUCUAGGCCAAUAUUGUCCAAACUUAGAAGGUUUGUCAUUUCGCACAAUAUCAAGGAAUCAAAAACACGCCUCCUUUUCUGUUGAUCGCACAUCUUUUUGUGUCCACACCAUUAUUUGAGACCUUUGCUGAUUGUUGUCUUGAAGAGAUUAGUGAGGACUUGGUUUGUUCUGUUCAAAAAAAAACUGUUUUGUCUGUUUGUUUGUUUGUUUGUUUGUUUGUUUUAUUGCCAUCUAAUUUAAUAAAUUAGAUCCUGGAGUUGAAAUUCAAUGCCUCAGGUUCUUUAACUGAAAACCAUAAUAAUUUUAUAUAGAAAUGAUUUGUCAUGUAUAGGUUUAGGGGAGUUUUUAUGGAGACUUAAUUGUUGUAAUAUAAGUAGAAGUUGCCAAAAAGCAAGAAAAUUAAUUCAUACAAACAAACGUGUUUAAGAGUGCGUCUCUGUGAAUCAACCGAUGAUUAUUAAUUUUUUGGAACACAUUUUCUUCAGCGACUUUCCCAGAGAUGUGUUCCAAAGUCGUUAAUUAUAUCAUCGUGGAAGUACUUGAUAAAACAUUACCUCGGUUUUGGAAAUCAAUUAAUUUCACCGCCUGCUCAUUCUCAUUCCCAAUCCCUUACUCAUGUAAGUAGCCAUUGAAGUCUUCUUUUUAAUCUUACAUAGAGGACUGCAGGGAUGCCCUGGCCCUUAGUGUCGAUGUAAUACCCUAGCUGUUGUACCUCUUAAUACUUAGUUGUCUCAACCCUUUUUGUUUUAUUAGAACUUGAUCUUCAAUCUUGCAAUUCAAACUCACUGACAAGAGAAGGUUUGUUGAGGCUUCAAGACUUGAAGAAAUUACAAAGAAUAAAUCUUUAUAGAGUCAAGGUCCAAGAUGAUGUAGUGGAACAACUGAUUCAGUAGGUACAAACUGUGUGUACAGUGUAGUAGUCAUCAUACUACAGUAAGGUCUCGUGCAUCAGCCAGUACUGGAUAUACGAAACUUGUUGUCUUUAGUGGUCUUACCUGUCUAAAAACCAUUACUUUAAGUCUCUGGGCAGAUCAGCUAUUGGAGUCGCAUAACGUUAAUAGUUUCAGUUUCAGUUUCAGUUUCAGUUUAUUGUUUUGCCAUAAGUUGUACAAAAGCAAGGAAUUUAAUUAUUAUUUUAAACUCUCAUGGUGAGGAAGCCCAAGAGAAGCCAUGGGCUUAUAAGGAAUAGGCUCCCUCAGUGAAAUAAUAAGAACAAAAUAUUAUCUUAAUAGUUAGAUUUAAGUGAAGAAUCGCAAGUUUUGAAGCUCUUAACUUGUGGACAGUUGCUCCUCUUCUAGUGUAUUCAUGUCGUGUUUUUUCAUUAGGGGAGGAGAGUGGCUAGCUGGUGGUCACAUUUUUUCAAACCAACCACAUAUCAUCUACUGUUUUCUUUACGUAGUUUUUCAUGAGAAUGUUUUAUUGUUUAAACGUUAGAACCAGUUUCAACUUGUUUCCAUUUUAGUUCUGCAAAGAACCUUCGGCACCUCAACCUUGGUGGCUGUGAUGUUGUAAUGGAAUGUGACCUGUUGAUGCAAUCACUUAGUGUUCACUGCAGGUAAGUGAAAAAACAUAUUGCUUUUGUGCUUUAUGUUUUAUGUGACAUCAUUGUUCUUGCAUUUAUCACCCAUACUAUCACCAUUAUGAGGCAUCUUAAUCACCACCACCACUAUCAUCAUCAUCAUCAUCAUUUUUUACCCUUUAACUUCCUUUUACGACAUCUCUUACAUGUUAGAAUUGGAAUUAGUUGUAGAUUGGGCCCACAAUGUAAACUAAGUGGACUAACCAGUAAUUGUGUAAGCCAGUAAAGUUUUACUUUUAUUUUUAUUUUUUUCAUCAUCAUUAUUACCAUCAUCAUCAUCAUUGUCAUCAUCGUCAUCAUCGUCAUCAUCAUCAUCAUCAUCAUCAUCAUCGACAUCAUGAUCAUCAUGAUCAUCAUCGACAUCAUGAUCAUCAUCCUUGUCACUGUCGGCAUCAUUAUCAUUGUUAUCACUAUCCUAAUUGUUAUUACAAUUUGUAAUUAUUUCUUUGUCAUCACUAUCAUUGAAGCAUCACCACUACCCUCAUUAUCAUUUUCAUUAUCAGCAUUGUUAUUACCAUUGCUACCAUAAGGUUCAACAUCGUCAUCAUCCUGUCUAUCAUCGUCAUUAUCAUUAUUAUUGUCUUUAUCGCAGGUGUCAGAUCCAUCAUCAUCAUCAUCAUCACUAUCUCAUCAUUGUAUGCCUUAUCAUUGUCAUCAUCAUUAUAAUCACUGUCCAGAAUAACCUAGAGGGGCAAAGAUUUGCACAGUUGGUUAGCACGUUCUGUGCCAGAGGUUUCGAGUUCCAUCCCCUGGUGUGACUUCAAAUCCUUGUUUGGACUUUCCUUUCCUUGUUAAAUAACAUUGUUCGAGAAGGGGGGAGGUAAAGUGAACGCACCAUACUGACAUAAAAUAAGGAAUGCAUAGUUUGUCGCUUGUCAUGAUAAAUUUAGAAAUUGUCCACAAAUACUGACUUUCCGUUAAUUUGUUUUUCUGUAUUAAGAGGCCUAGUAUCGCUGGAUUUGUGGCGGAAUAAAGGACUGACUGGCAAAGGAGUUAGGUGUUUAGCUGAUGGCUGCUCUUUACUGGAAGAGCUUGAUAUUGGCUGGUGGUGAGUUAAACUUCUGAACUGCACUUAUGAGAUCAUAUGUGCUCCUAGGUGCUAAGUGUUUAAGUAAAUUUGCUUGGUUGAUUGUACCUACAUGUAGAGGGCAUUGGUGGGGAGGGGUGGGGGUAGGAAAGUUUUUCUAGAAAGUGUAAGUUUAGGUCUUCUGUGUUAUUUAUUUUUAUUUAUCCUGCCUAUUUGCAGUACAAAUGUGACUUCUGCCCCUGAAUGCGUGGUCUAUUUGACAUCCAAAUGCAAAAAACUCAGGAAGCUUUUUCUCACAGCUCUAAGGUAAGGCAUGCUAGACAUUUAAACAGUUAGAUAUGACCCCCUCCCCCCUCCCCCCAAAAAAUGCUGCUAGAAGGGUGUUAGAAGGCAUACAAGAGAUAGUGUUGUAUGCUAUUAGAAUAGUUAAGCGCAGGGUUCCAUAAAUUACAAAGACUAUUCAUUUCUAUUCAUUCCAUGUAAGAUUUACAUUUAGUAUAUACACACUCAGUGAUCUUGGUGAUUUAAGCAAUCUGCUUGGUUCGCUAUCUCGGACUAUUCAACAAUAUUCACCUCCUAGCGAGUGGAUAAUGUGUGAGCUCGGUGUUUUCCCCAUUUUUUUAGAGAACGAUCUUUCAAAAGUCGACAAAAUCCUAGAGCUGACUUUUUUAAGGCAAGAAAAGACUUGGAAGGAUUCAUUACGGCGUUUUUCAAUUUACUGUAGCUGAGUUUUGUGCUCGAUGGAUUGUUUACAACUCCCUUGUAUUCGCGUAGAAGAAGCCGUUUCGUGAACUCAGCGUUUUCUAGCAGGAAAAUUUUGGCUCAAAAAUCGAAGUUUAUUUAUGACAAACAAAUUUAAAAGGAAAUGUUUGCAGAAAUUCUACGUUUCAAGUAAACAGGAAAAAGAAUGAUACAGGAAGACGACGUCUUACCUCGAGCAAUACGCGUGAUUUGAUCUGUCAAUCAAAUCGUACUUUUUAAUGGUUUCCUCUCUGAUUUUGUUGAGAUCACUUCGUGUGUAUAUACUAAAACAAUUAUUCUUUUCAAUCUCGGUGAAUAGUGACUUUGGGAAUUAGUCUAAAUAUUUACCUCGACGCUUUCGCGGCUCGGUAAAUAUUUCGCCACUAUUCACCUCGAUUUCAAAGAAUAAUUGUUAAAUGUAGAUUAUUAUUAGUUGUUAGCAGUAUUAGUAUUAUUAUUAGUAUUAGUAUUAUUAUUAUUAUUAUUAUUAUUAUUAUUAUUAUUAUUAUUAUUAUUAUUAUUAUUAUUAUUACUAUGUCCAUUCCUUGUAGACUCAGACAGGAUGUUCAGCCUGGUUUAUAGUCCUUGGGAGCGGGUUACAACAAGUCACCACAGGACCCAGGUCUCUCUUUUCCUUCUUCUUACAGGGACAGUACUUUCCUUAGUAUCUUUGCUGUCCCCAACAGUGCUGUUUUCUGGAUAACUUCCAACCUCCAACAACCAACUUCCAACACUACGUUCACGCCGAUUCGCUUCAUAUACUCCUUAAAGUUAUCAUUUUUAUUACUAUUAUUAUCAUCAUUAUAAUUUACUUGCAAUGUGCUCCCCAUUCCUGUCAGCAAUUAUUUAGGAAUUAGCACGAGAGGGCAAACUAGAAGAGGAGGUUAUUUCAAGACUGAUGGUAUAAAUACUAUUGUGGAUUGUAGGUCUGUCAAUGAUGAUAUUAUAAAUGCAUUAGCAAACAACUGUCCUGAUAUCGAGCAGGUAGACGUUCUUGGUACCGGAUUAAUUCAUGCUGAGUCAAUCAUGAGGUAAAAUCAAUGCUGGCUGUGACCUUGUCAUUUUACUUACAGCUAAUAAGCAAUACUACACACAAUAUGUUACUGAUCAAUCGCUUUUAUUUCACUGGUCACACUAUACGAUUUUUAUGUUAACAUGAAAAAAAAAUUCAUUUGAACACCGUAAUUAACAGAAGACAUGAAAAGUACUUUCAGUACUACAGGAAAGUGCUGCUCAGUAGCUUUCAUUUGAAUAGUUACCCAUCAGGAUUUCAUCCAUAGACUCAAAAGUUAGAAUCACAUUGUACAGUAUAAUAAACAGUACCACGAGAAAGUAGUGCUGCUUUCAUUUAAAUGGUUACCCAUCCACAGACUCGCAAGUGAGACCACCACGUACAGGUACUUAAUUUUCAGAACACACUACUCAUUGCUUUGGUCUCACUUAAGGCUAAACCAUAUUCUUCAGUUCUCGUUAGGGAACAGGAACUAGUUUACAGACGAAGCGAAAACGGGGAACUACAGGGUAAUUAACAAUCGUCUGCAAAAUCAAGGUGUAUAUUACCUUCGUUGAUUUAUGUUUACCGGAUUUUUGUUGUUUGUUUUCGCAGACUGCUAAGACAAUGCAAGCAUCUGAAACUUCUUGACGUGUCUUUCUGCUCGCAGUUAACAGUUGAAAUCGUUGAAGGGUUGCAAGAAAUGUAUCCAGCGGUCUCAAUCAAAAAAAGCUUUAUUGUUGAAGAAUCUGCUACAUAA